UCAGGGACUUAACUGCGAGUUGAGCCCAGCCCAGCCGCUCGUCCCUCUUGUCCAGCCUGUCCAGCCCUAGCCAUGGCCCGACGCGGACUGCUCUGGUUGCCACUGGUGCUCUACGUCGCCUCAGUUAGGGCCAACAGCAAGGUAUUUGGUGAUACUGAACAGGUUCAGAUGACGUCUGAGGGCUCUGACUGCCGCUGCAAGUGCAUCCUGAGACCCCUGAGCAAAGACGCCUGCAGCCGCGUCCGCAGUGGGAGUAUGAGAGUGGAGGAUUUCUACACAGUGGAAACUGUGAGUUCUGGGACUGAUUGCCGCUGCUCCUGUACUGCACCACCUUCCUCUCUCAACCCCUGCGAGAAUGAAUGGAAGAUGGAAAAGAUCAAGAAACAGGCACCAGAACUCUUCAAGCUCCAGUCCAUGGUCGACCUCCUGGAAGGGACAUUAUACAGUAUGGACCUGAUGAAAGUCCAUGCCUACAUCAACAAAGUGGCCUCUCAGAUGAACACACUGGAAGAGACCAUUAAGACAAACCUUAGCCGGGAGAAUGAUUUCAUGAAAGAAAGCGUGGCCCACUUGACCCACCAGAUGAAGCGUUAUGAGAACUACUCAGACAUCAUGAUGAGUAUUAAGAAGGAGAUUUCCAGCCUGGGCUACCAGUUGCUACAGAAGGAUGCAGCUGCUGGUCCUGAGAGCAAAGCCCAGGAGACAGCUGGUGGAAAAGGCAGAGAAGCCAGCAAAUAUUCUGGAGUCAAGAAAAACUUUGGGGACAAGGCUGUCCCAAGGCCUCCCAAAGACAAGCUUCUGAAGGUGGAGAAGGUGAGAAAAGACACUGUGAAGGGCAAAGCCCUGCAGGCCACAGCUAGGCCCCGGGUCCUCCCACACCAGCAAGCAGUAAUCCGGGGCAUCACCUACUACAAAUCCACAAAGCAGGAAGAGGUGGAAGAUGCAGCUGAAAACACCCUCAAGGGAGUAACGGGACUGGAGCAGCAGGAAAUCAAGCUAGAAGGAAGACACCUGGAACCCAACUCUGAUGAGCAGGAGGAAGUGGGGGCUACAGAUGAAGGAGACCCCACCCCUGGUCCUCCCACAAGCACUACCCCUCUUCCCACCACCAUGGUUCCAACCACCACCACCACCACCACUACUACCAACAAUCCUCUGGUCACCAUACUGUCCAUUGGAUACAAUGCUGCAGGCCCCAAUGGGUCAGAAAGUCCUAACCAAGUCAAAGAAGUGGGGUGUGAAGGCACCAUCAAGUCUGUUGACCCCCCUAUGAAGCAGCACAGCUAUGGGCGGAAUGAGGGGGCUUGGAUGAAGGACCCUACAGCCCGGGAUGACAAGAUCUAUGUCACCAACUACUACUAUGGGAAUAGUCUGGUGGAGUUCCGUAACCUGGACAAUUUCCAACAAGGCCGCUGGAGUAACAUGUAUAAACUUCCGUAUAACUGGAUUGGGACGGGCCACGUGGUGUUCCAGGGUGCUUUCUAUUACAACCGCGCCUUCACCAAAAAUAUCAUCAAAUACGAUCUCCGGCAGCGCUAUGUGGCAGCCUGGACCCUGCUCCCAGAUGUGGUAUAUGAGGACACUACCCCAUGGAAGUGGCGAGGCCACUCUGACAUUGACUUUGCUGUGGAUGAGAGUGGCCUAUGGGUCAUUUACCCGUCAGUGGACGAGGGCGGCUUCUCCCAGCAGGAGGUGAUUGUGCUGAGCCGGCUGGACCCUGGUGACCUGUCUGUGAGGCGGGAGACCACCUGGAAAACCCGACUGAGGCGCAACUCCUACGGGAAUUGCUUUCUAGUCUGCGGGAUCCUGUAUGCAGUGGAUGUCUACAACCAAAGGGAAGGGCAGAUCUCCUAUGCCUUCGACACACACACCAACACUGAUGCCUACCCCAAGCUGCCGUUCCUCAAUGAGCACUCUUUCACCACCCAGAUUGACUACAAUCCCAAGGAGAGGGUCCUCUAUGCCUGGGACAAUGGCCACCAGGUUACCUACACUCUCCAUUUUGUGGUCUGAGAGAAGUCGGGGUCCUCUCUCCCACCACAGUGGGAAGCACUUUUUGACCACCACCACCACCACCACCACCCCCGAAGGCAUAAAGGAGGAGGCCACAGGUGAACAGUGCUCCCCUCUGAGAUUACUCAUGAUAGCCCCCAUGCUCACAGAGCACGGGUGUAUUGGGAACAUUUCUGGGGUGGCCCAGACUGGAGUGGUGUUACUGGAGGCAGGGAGAGAGAGACAGAGCAGAGAGAGGGGCAUACUUUAUAGAAGACUUGGAAUAGGCUUUACCUAUCCCUAAAUGCUUUCUCGAGCUAGACCCCCAUCCUCUCUCCCUCCUUUCCUCUUUCUCCCUUCUACUGUCUCUUCAUUCUUGAAAUAAAAUUCAAUUGCCCUUGUGUUCCCAGGGGACUUCUUGCAGCCAGAACCAGAAGACAGGCCACUGUAGCACGGAGAAUGAGAGAAUCCUAGAACCUCUGGGUUGAAAGGAACCUUUGAGGUCAUCUAAUCCAAACUGACCCUUUACUGAGAGGCCUCUGAGGACUGAAAUAUUUUGCCCUCUUUAAUAGAAAUCGGGGUCAACAUAAUUUCCUACCAGAAUAAAUGCAUAUGACUAUAUAAUAUAGAAAGAUUACAUAUAUAACACAGUACUUCAAAGACCUGAGAUGCUCUUGGUAUGGCUGCUCUUUCUCCCAGUGCAGGUUCUAACUAGCACCAGGCCCCCACCCCCAAGUGAGUGGUUUCAUGGGUUUCUGGAGCCAAAAAAAUUCAUCCCCUGGUGGCCAUCCUUCAAUGGAGGAGCCCUCUGCACUUUGCUAGGCUGGCUGGUCUCCGUGUCACUACUAGAGCAUGGCUUCACUGGCAUGGCCUAGGAGAACCAGGGGUCCCCUCUAGACCGUGAGGAUGUAUCAGUGGGAAAAAUAUCAGUGAGGUUACAACUAUAUAUAUGUAUAUGUUUGUGUGUACCAAAUACAUGUAUGUAUAUAUACACAUGUAUAUGCAUGAUAUACAUAUGUGUGUCUGUUUUUAUAUACAUACAUGUACACAUAUACCUAUAUGUGCAUGUGUGUGUACAUAGCUUAAUGGCAAAACAGAGGUAAUGAGAAAGCACUCUUGGUUUGUCUUUUUCUCCCUGUUUGUCUGUCCAAGAAACAGUCAUUUCCCUGGGUUUAAUUUAAUUUAAUUUAGUGCAGUAUAGCCGAGUAGAAAGAGCGCUACUUAUGGAAUAAAAAAAGCCUAAGUCUCACAAAUGGCUCUGAUACUUGAUCCGUGAAAGACCUUGGGCAAAUCAGGUCCCCUCUCCUCUCUUGGGGCCUCCAUUUCCUCUUCUGUAAAACAAAAGAGUUGAACUGGAGAACCUCUAAGUCUUGUCCUGGCUCUAAAUCUAUGAUCUAUUGAACUGAGAAGAAAGGUGUGGACUAGGUGCAAGGGGGAUCUGUUCUUGCCUCAGCUGGGGGUCCUGGGUUCAAAUCCUGACUUUGCGAGUGACUGCCAGUGCCCGCUUGGACAAAUCCCUUCAUGUCUGCCAGCUUCAGUUUCCUUCUUUGUGAAAAUAAGGGAAUCAGAUUAGAUGACCUCUCAAGUCCCUUCCAACUUUAAAUCCUGUGGUCCUACGGACUUAUUCCAGUUCAACAAAUGUUAAGUGUCUUCUGUAUGCAAGAGAGCCCUGGUUUAGGGGACAUUUUCCGUUGCUUGGUAAACCUGGGCUGUAUUUAGCCUCAGGCCUCUUCAGGCUGCUCUGAUCCAAAUUCAGGCCCGUGGCUUCCUCAUCUCUUGGGAUGCUGUUGUACACUGUCCGACACACAUUCCAUCCCUCCACAGUCACCCACGAGCCGGCCUGAAAUCAAAUACCAAGAAAACAUGAGAACUUGUUCCAAGGUCCUCUCCCUUUCUUCUACACUGAUUUUUCUUUUGUAAUUCAUAAAUGUUGUCAUCUAUUUCUGCAGUUGGGGCCCAAGAAUGCUGUAAGUGCCUGUGUGCCAGGAAAUGUUGGGAGGGGAGCACUGUUUCCAUCAGGUCGUCCACCUCCUCUCCCACCCCCCCCCACAGUUCUGGCCCAGCCUGAGGCUCCCUCCCACUGCAGAAAUGCUUGCUUUGGCCAAAUGCCUGAUAUCUUUGCCCUCCACCCCACUCCCCACCCCCACUCCCAUAUUGGUAUCAUGCAAUAGAUGAUCUUGGCAGCUUUCACAGUAUCCCCAAACUGAGGUUCCCAGAGUGCACCUGCUAAAGGCGUAUGACCUUUAACAAGUCAUUUCUCUAGGCCCCAGUUUCCUCAUCUGUAAAAUAAGGGAUUUAGACUAUGUGAUCUCUAAGCUCCCUUCUAGUUCUGAAUCCUAUCACAAUGGGCAUUUUAAACAUGCUUCCUACAUACUCAGGGAAACUUUCAUCAGACUAAUCACUUGUCCCAAACCAUACUGCGAAUCACCACCUUUGCUAUUUGCCAGGCUAUGGAAUUCAGUAUUGUUCUAAAUAUAGGCUGACCAUUCCCCAAAUACAGACUACAUUCUUAAAAUCAGAUAUUUUUGGAAGAAGAAAGAGCAAUGAACAGUGGGUAGAAGUUAUGGAAACAGCUCAACAGAAGGAAAACCUCUUCCCAGUUAGAAAUAGCUAAGAGUGGAACGGGCUGCUUUUAUGAGGUCGUAAGGGCCUCAUUGCUAGAGGGCUUCGGGUAAAGGCCAGUCGUCAGAGAUACAGGACAAGGGAUUCCUGCUCAGGUACCUGUUGGACCAGGUGACGUGCAAGGACCCUUCCAGCUCUGAAAUUCUGUAAUUUGAUAGAGGAGCUUGAUAGAGCACUGGAUUCUAGGUUAAAGAAGUCCACUUUGCUUCCUGGCUCUGCUACUUGUCCCUGUGUGACCUUGGGCAAAUCAUUUGACCUCUUUGGGCCUCAGGUUCCUCCUCUGUCAAAUAAGGGGGAUAUCUAAGGUCCCUUGCAGCUCUAAGGUUCUGUGAUUCUUAGAAAAACAACCUACGGACUUAAGCUGAACAAUGGUACCCAUUAUGGGCUGAACUGGGAGUAGUUUCGAAGGGGAGGAUGAGAAUAGUAUGGCCUAUACUCAGACCAGUAUUGUGCGUGCAAAGAGCAGCUUCUUCCAUCCUUCCUUUUGAACUCCCACCCUAGUUCUGCUGGAUCCAGUCCAAACUAUCAGCAUUGGGACAUCCUAUGUAAUUUGUAUCUUGAUGGCUGGGGGCCCAGACAGCAGGAGUCCUGAAAUCUUCUAGCCUGGGAGGAGCUUUGUAUCUGGUUUGUGGCUGGCAAAGGCUUUCCCAAGGAGAGAGGAGACCUGUUACUGACCAGAGACAGCUAGGGGUUGUGAGAAAGAAAAAAAUCAGGGAAGGUUGUGAGGAAGAAGGGACCAGGCUUUUCUGAAAGCCUACAAGCCCUAAAGGCUUUCCUUCAAUGGGAGAAGCACAGUCAGGUCUGAAUGAAGCCAUGGAGUGGGGAGGGCAAACAGUCUUGGAUUGGACAUGGAGGUACCUGAAUUUGAGUGCUGAGGCUGCUAGUAAUUCACCAUGUAACCUUGAACAAACCCUAACCUCCUAAUUUUUUGUCCUCUUCAAUUGGAGGAUUAGAUCAUCUUUAAAGUCCUUUUCAAUUUUAAUAUUUUGUUUUAUGAUCCAGUGUUACAUGUUCUAAUAAUCUAUCUUCUAAGGUUCCUUCUAGUUAUCAUGUUCUAUGUUCUAGGACAGGGGUGGGGAACCUGAGGCAUGGA